CCCUUUUAACAAUAUUUCCUCAGACCCCUCUUUCCAAAAACCCUUCCACUACCACCCUCUUUUUGCUGCCCCUACUCUAUCUUUCCUUGUGCCUUAGCUGAAACCCCAUCUAAAAGAACCAAAUCACCCUACUGUCCAAACAAGCUCAGAUACACAAAUUUAAUUUUUACAUUGAAUUUGUUUGUUUAUUCUGAUUUGUACAAUUAUGGGUUGGAUUUUUUGAAAUUCUCUUGAUUUGGGCAGUGUAAUCCUGAAAGAGUUUAAUGUCUUUUCUUCAUUGGGAUCAGCAUCAACAACAGCAGCAGUAGCAGAAACCAGGUUUUUUUUCACAGUUUUGGCUCUUCUAAGCUACAAAAAAAUAAAAUUGAUUUUUAAUAUUUUAAUUUCUUGGGUUGUAAAAGUGCCAAUGUUUGAACUUGUGUGUCAAAACUCAAGAUCAACUGAUUACUUAGAGGGCAUAAAAAAUUAAGGGAUUUAGAGGGAAAUCUUGAAAAUCCUCUAAUCUGGAUUUCCAAGGCUUUAGAGAGCAGAAAAGGCAGCAAGAAAAAGAAGACGAAAUAAAUCAUGUAAUUGAACAACAAAAUAUCUUGGCAAACAUACCCUACACUACAAAGCAAAGGGGGAAAAUGGGGUUAAAGAGUACAGCAGCAGGAGGUGAGAUAGUACAAGUUCAAGGAGGGCAUAUCAUCCGGGCCACGGGGCGUAAGGAUAGGCACAGCAAGGUGUUCACCGCCAAGGGUCCGAGGGACCGUAGAGUCCGUCUCUCGGCUCACACGGCCAUCCAAUUCUAUGAUGUCCAAGAUAGGCUAGGGUAUGACCGUCCAAGCAAGGCGGUUGAUUGGCUGAUCAAGAAGGCGAAAGCAUCUAUUGAUAAGUUGGCUGAAUUACCACCUUGGGAUCCAACUGCUAGUGCUUCCAAUGCUGUUGAUGUAAAUGCAGGGCCUACUACUGAAUUUGGUGUGGGUGAUCACUCUGGAUCAUCAUCAUUUUAUGUUCCACAAUGUGUGGAUUCACAGUCUUUAGGUGAUAGUAUGAAGUCCUUUUUCCCUACUAAUAAUGCUUCUGAAGAAAAUUCCAUCAGUUUUCAGAACUACCCACAUGACUUGAUUUCAAGAGGUGCUUCUCAAAAUCAAGAUCUUUGUUUGUCUCUUCAUACUCUUCAAGAUCCCGGUGGUAGUAGUAGUGGUCAUCAUCACACGACUUCAAGUCAUCAUCACUCGGCCCUCUUUCAAGGGUCCGGGUCAUCGUUGGGGUUCGAUGGUGGGAACGGUGGGUGGACCGAAUCACAACAGCCACACGACUUAGGUCGGUUCACUCGAAUGUUGAGUUGGCCUAGCGGUGGUGGAGCUGGCAGUGGUGGUAGUAGUGGUGGUAGUGGUACAGCAGAAGGGAGGGGUGGAAUUUUAUUCAACUCCUCCCUUUUCCAACCACAAGGGUUGUUAUUGGGCCAUCAACAAGGCCCAAUAACAACAUCAACUUUUUCUCAGAGGGGUCCCCUUCAGUCCAAUUUCUCUCCACUCGCACGCGUAGUGGAGGAUCACCACCACCAUCACAAUCACCAUCAAGAGAUUUCAGGUAUCGGACAUGGAUCCGAUGGCUUCAUGGGUUUUUGUAUCCCAUCACAAAUCCAUGGUGAAUUGCAUGGUGGAGCUAAUUCUAUGUCUACUAAUAGGGCAUCUUCUUCAUCCAUGUCUCCUGAUUCAAGCCAACAUUGAUUAGAUGUCGACAUUGGAUGCCAAAAAAAAAAGAUUCCAAACAGGUCAAAUGCCUUGGCAUGGGAAGAGAAUAUCCAUUUCUGAUGCAAUCAUGCAAGAAAUACCCACUUUAAAUCAGAUUCGAUUCUCCUAAUAUUUGUGCAAUUUGGUGCUCUUUUAUGAGUGCGUGGGUAUAUCUACUAGCUCAGCUUUCCGUCUUUUCUAUUUUUCAAUAUGUUACUAUGUUUUUCUUUGCAAUUUCAACUAGUUUCAGUGCUUUAUUGUUUAACAAUCGGUUUGAUUCUGAUUAGAAUCAAAAUCAAAAUUAACCGUCUCAUUUCCAAUGUUAUUUAUAAGUUAGUACU